UACUGAAAUACAUGUUCAAUAGUUCCAAAUGAAGGUGGCUUUAAUCCAACCAAAUCAUUCAACAUCUACCAAACAAACUCUUAUCUAUAUGAUGCCAUCUUUUCUUUCUCAUUUCAGCAAGAUUGUCAAUUGCUCUGUUCAAACCCUAAAACCUGUGGUGUUCUUCCAUUCCUCUCCAACCCUUUUGUUGAAUCAUAAUCAAAUACCAACUGGGGUUCCAUCUCCAUCUCGAAUCCAGAAACUCAUAGCUUCCCAAUCAGACCCACUUGUAGCUAAAGAGAUUUUCGAUUUAGCUUCCAAUGCAUAUCCAGGUUUUCACCAUUCCUACGCAACAUUCCAGACUCUCAUCCUUAAACUCGGCCGGUCCCACCAUUUUUCCCUCAUGAAUUCCCUUCUGUCCUGCCUCAAAUCUGAUCAUCGGUACACUGUCACGCCUUCCCUCUUCACUCAUAUCAUUCGCAUAUAUGGGGAUGCAAAUUUGCCUGAUAAAGCUCUCAAGACAUUCUACACGAUCCUUGAAUUCAACAUCAAACCACGAGCGAAGCAACUGAAUGUAAUUCUUGAGAUCCUAGUGUCACAACGGAACUAUCUCCACCCUGCUUUUGACUUAUUUAAGUCCGCUUAUCAGUAUGAUGUUUCUCCCAAUGUCGAAUCGUAUAACAUUUUGAUGCAUGCUUUUUGUUUGAAUGGCGAUCUUAGUAUUGCAUACAACCUGUUCAAUCAAAUGCUCAAGAGAGACGUUGUUCCAAAUGUUGAGUCUUACCGGAUUCUGAUGCAGGGUUUGUGUCGAAAAAGUCAGGUAAAUAGGGCCGUGGACUUGUUAGAGGAUAUGUUGAACAAAGGGUUUGUACCCGAUUCUUUAACUUACACGACUCUAUUGAACAGUUUAUGUAGAAAAAAGAAGCUUAGGGAGGCUUAUAAGCUUCUAUGUAGGAUGAAGGUCAAAGGAUGCAAUCCCGAUAUCAUUCACUAUAAUACCGUUAUUUUAGGGUUUUGUAGGGAAAAUCGUGCACACGAUGCUUGUAAGGUGCUCGAGGAUAUGCCUUCAAAUGGUUGUUUACCGAAUUUGGUGUCUUAUCGCACUUUAGUUGGUGGCUUAUGCAGUCAGGGUUUGUAUGACGAGGCUAAAACUUAUUUGGGUAUAAUGGUGUCAAAAGGGUUUUCUCCUCAUGCGUCGAUAUGGCAUGGCUUGAUCGGUGGGUUAUGCAAUAUCGGGAAGAUUGAUGUAGCGUGUUCGGUUUUGGAUGGAAUGCUGAAGAGUGGGGAAGCUCCGCCUCUUUAUACUUGGAUGGAGGUAGUUAAUAGGGUUUGUGUGGUGGAGACUGAACCCGAACGAUUAGAAGAAGUAUUGAAGGUUGAGAUAGAGGCUCAUACACGAAUAGUGGAGGCCGGUUUCGAUUUACAAGAAUGGUUAGUCAAGAAGGCUCGAGCAAAUGGCAAGUUUAGAUCGGGAAGGGAAAAGGUCAGAUGGGGUUUGCAUUGAAUUUCUAGUACAAUGAAGCAUUACGAGAACCUUAAACUCUAAACCCUAAACCGAGAUUUUUUGGGACAAGAUAAGGCCUCGAUGGGUUUGAAACUUAUGAUCUUGAAAACCUUCAAAUUUCUUCAGGAAUUGUAUAUCGCGUUUAUCUCGCAUAAUGUCUUUUGAAGUAAGGAAUUGGAAUAA